GGCUGGCAGUGGGGUGGAGCCCCAGGUUGGGGAGGAGCGGGUUUUUCCCGUCUCCCAUGAGGUGAUUCACAGAGAGACUUCAGACUUUGGGGCCUUCUUGCUCAGCCCCUGAGUAGAUACCUCAACCGGGGCUGCCGGACCCAAGGGGUGCCCUGGGAACGGUUCUGCCGCAUGUGAUGAAAGUGUCUGCUCUCAGGGAAGGCAAAACCAUGGCUUCCCCGCCCCGGGAGAUGGAGGAGGAGCUGGUCUCUGCUGGCCCGGAGCCAGGUGACCCUCGGGCCAAACCCCCUGUCAAGCCCAAACCCCGGGCCCUGCCUGCCAAGCCAGCUCUGCCUGCCAAGCCCAGCCUGCUGGUGCCUGUUGGGCCUCGGCCCCCCCGGGGUCCCCUGGCAGAGCUGCCUUCUGCACGGAAGAUGAACAUGCUGGCGGGACCCCAGCCCUAUGGUGGCAGCAAGCGUCCCCUUCCCUUUGCACCAAGACCAGCAGUUGAGGCCUCUCCUGGAGAAGCCACCCAAGAGACUGAGAAAGAGGAGGCUGGGAGAGAAGAGAUGCCCCCCUUGACACCCCCGGCUCGAUGCGCCGCUCCGGGGGGCGUGCGGAAGGCGCCUGCCCCCUUCCGUCCAGCCUCGGAGCGCUUCGCAGCCACCACGGUGGAAGAGAUCCUGGCCAAAAUGGAGCAGCCUCGCAAGGAGGUCCCUGCCAGUCCUGACCGCCUCUGGGGCUCCCGCCUAACCUUUAACCAUGAUGGCAGCUCGAGAUAUGGCCCCAGGACCUAUGGCGUGACUGCAGGUCCCAGGGAUGAGGAUGGUGGGACCUUCUCCAGGGGAUGGUCCCAGGAGAGGCCUGCAAAAUCUACAGAGUGCCUGGAAGAGCACAGCCAGACCCCCAAGGAGAGGAGCCCCACUUCGGACCGGCCCUUCAAGGGGGACCUGGCUCAGCCGGCCAGCUCGGAGCCACCUACCAACGUUUCCAAGUCCUGGGUCCCCUCAAGUCCAGGUGCCAACUCGGAGAAUGGAGGCUCUGCCAGCCCAGGCCUCCCUGCCGAAGCCUCAGGCCCAGGCCCUGGGCCUUCCCGACUUCACUCACUCGUUGAGAGCUUUCCCCGCCACUCUCAGCCUCCAGAAGAAGCCCAGAGCCCUGCUGCUUCUCGGCCUUCUCCCUGCCUUCCCGUGACUCCAGCAUCCCUGACUGUGGCCCUGCCUGAGGAGGGCUCUCGUCAUGCCCCUAGCCCAGAGCUCCCUGCUGCCGAGGUCCCAGAGGCCCCCAGCCCUGGCAGCUCUCCCAUGGAGAAGGUCUCAGGGCGCCACAGCCCAGAGCAGCCUCUAGCCGCCUCGCCGAGGCCCCUGGUAGAUGGGGGCGAGUUCCUGGAUCUCGAUCGGACGUUUCCAUCUGCUGAGGAGGUGGCCAGGGCUGACGGAGACCUCCGCCCCGCCAGCCUGGUUCAGCGCCGAUUUUCUGAAGGUUUGCUCCGGCCACCCGGCCAAGACCAGGAGAAGCUGGGGGGCUCGCUGGCUGACCUGCCCCAAACCCAGGAGAGCCAGUCGGCCCUGGAUCAUCGUCCCUUUGGCAGUGGGACAGAGUCCAACUGGAGCUUGUCACAGUCCUUUGAGUGGACCUUCCCCACUCGGCCUUCUGGUCUAGGGGUGUGGCGGCUAGACUCUCCACCCCCUUCCCCCAUCACUGAAGCCACUGAGGCUGCGGAGGCUGAGGCUGCGGAGGCUGGGGCUGAGGAGGCUGGUGACCGGGCUGCAUCCAGCAGGGAGGGAGUGUCCCAGCAGGGGCGAGGGGCCCAGUCAGCUCCAGAGGAGCCGGAAAGGCCUGGUUCCUGGGUGCAGGCGGAUGAUCAUGGCAUCUACCCAGUCCAGAAGGGUGAUGGGGAAGGUCAGCUUCCGUCCUCGGCUGGUCCCCUUGAUCCUGCACCAACAGCAGGGGCCUCACCUGAAUCAGCCUUGCUGCAGGCGGAGGAGAGGUGCGAGGAGCGGCAGCCCCUGGCUGGACAGGAGUCCCUGCUGCCUCUGGCCACCAGUGAGGCCGCCCUGCCUGUCUUGGAGCCGGUCCUGGGGCAGCAGCAGCCAGCACCCCCUGACCAACCCUGUGUCCUCUUUGCUGACACUCCUGACCUCAGGCAGGCAUUGCCUGCCAAAGAGGAGGCUGUGACCCUGGCCCGGGCUGAGACCACCCAACCCAUGACAGAGGCUCAAGACCCCUGUAGGGCGUCCCCCGAGCCCGCAGGCCCUGAAAGCAGCUCCCACUGGCUGGACGACCUCCUGGCUUCGCCACCACCCAGUGUUGGCAGUGUGAGGCGGGGAGCUGGAUCUGAGCUGAAGGAUGCACAGACCCUAAGUGCCUGCUCUGAGGGACUCCUUGGCUGGGCCCAGAAGGAUCUACAGACUGAAUUUGGGGUUGCAGCAGACCCACAGCCCAGCAGUUUUGGCCCCUCCAGCUGGUCCCAGGACAUUUCUCAGGACUAUGGCCUUGGGGGCACCUGCCAUAGAGGGGACCCAGGCCUUGGAGAGAGGGACUGGUCCAGCAAAUGUGGGCAAGGCAUGGGGGAAGGGAGCGCCAGGGACUGGGCUGGCAGGUGUGGCAUUGGCCAGGAGGACAUGGAGCUGGGCAGUCCAGAUGGCAGUGGAGCGUCUGCCUUGGGGGGGCUCGCGGCCCAGGACUGGGUGAUUGGAAAGCCAGCCCAGCUCGGCACUCAGCAGAGCCAGGAGGCGGAUGCUCAGGACUGGGAGUUCAGAAAGAGGGAUUCCCAGGGCACUUACUCCAGCCGGGAUGCGGAGCUCCAGGACCAGGAAUUCGGGAAGAGGGAUUCCUUGGGUACUUACAGUGGUCGGGCUGGGAGUCUCGGGGACUGGGAGUUUGGGAAGAGAGAUUCUUUGAGUGCUUAUGCCAGCCAGGAGGUGGACGAGCAGAGCCAGAAAGUAGGGCAGAAGGACCAUGUCUCGGGCAGGUACAGCAGCCAGGAUGCCGACCAGCAGCAGUUUGGGAAGAGAGAUUCUUCACUUGGCACCUACGGCAGCCGGGGGGCAGAGCAGGACCAGGAUUUCGGGAAGAGUGCCUGGAUGAGGGACUACAGCAUCAGCGGCAGCCCCACGGCCCUCAGCCCCCAGGACAGAGGCUUCGGAAGGAGAGCCCUGAACAGCGGGUUCAGCCCGGAGGAAGCUCAGCAGCAGGAUGAGGAGUUCGAGAAGAAGAUUCCGAGCGGCGGAGACAGCCCGGGCGAGGCCAGCCGGGGUGCAGGCCAGCCUGAGGAGAGGGAGUCAGGGGGCUUGUUCAGCCCCAGCACCCCCCAGCUGCAGGAUGGGGCACUGGCACAGAGAGACCAGAGCAGCUGGCAGAGCAGCGGUGCCAGCCAGGAGGUUGGAGGGCUGCAGGGGCGACCGCAGGCAGGGGCCCAGAGCCCAGGUGCUGCUGACCAGGAAGACAGAGAGGUGGGGCAGCGAGGCUGGGCUGGUGACUUCAGCCUCGGUGUUGUCCCCCAGCCAGAGGUGCCCUUCAGCCCAGGGCAGCGAGACUGGAGUGGUGACUUCUGCGUGGAGGCCGCCGAGAGGUGCCAUCAGUUUGGCGUCAUUGGCAAUGACCGACUGAGUGGUCUUGGCCUGAGCCCUUCUGGCAAGAUGGAAGGCGGCCACUUUGUGUCUCCUGAGAAGACCUCGGCCGGGCCCAUGGACUGGACUGACCAGCUGGGCCUCAGGAACUUGGAAGUGUCCAGCUGUGUGGUUUCCAGCGGCUCGAGUGAGGCCAGGGAGGACACCGUGGGACAGAUGGGGUGGUCAGACAACCUGGGCCUGAGAGACGUGGACCUGGCCAGCCGUUUGGAGACUGGAGGGUCCGAGGAGCCCCGGGGGAGUGGGGUCGGGGAGAAGGACUGGACUUCGGACGUCGGGGUGAGGGCCAGAGAUUUGGCUGGGGUGGGGGAGGCAGGAGGCCACAGCCAGGCCAGAGAGAGUGGCGUGGGGCAGACCGACUGGUCAGGUGUGCGGGCUGGAGAGUUCCUUAAGUCGAGGGAGCGAGGCGUGGGACAGGCAGACUGGACAGCUGACCUGGGGCUGAGAAAUGUGGCUGCAGGGGCUGGCUGCAGCCCCAGGGAGCUUGGGGUGGGCCAAGUGGACUGGGGCAACAAUCUGGGUCUGAGGAAUCUGGAGGUGCCAUGUGACCCAGAGGCCGGAGGUUCUCAGGAGCCCCGGGGAUGCGGAGUGGGUCAGGUGGACUGGACCCAGGACUUGGGGCUCUCUGGGGCCCCGAGUGAAGCCAGGGAGCGCGGGGUGGGGGAGGUCAGCCAGCACCCAGAGCUGGGCCUCAGGGAAAAUGGCCUCUUGUGCACUGGCCUGGAGGCCAGAGGCCCUGUGGAGGCCCGGGAGCUGGGGGUGGGCGAGACAAGCGGGCCAGAGACCCAGGGAGAAGAUGACUCCUCCCCUUCCUUGGAGACCCUCCCUGAGGACCGCAGAACGGAGACGGGAGAAGCCCCUGGCUUCGGAGCCAGCCCUGGCGGGCGCCCAGCCCGCUCGCCACCCUCGGGCUCCCAGGGCCUGCUGGAGGAGAUGCUGGCUGCUAGCAGCUCCAGGGCUGCGGCCCGCUCGGAGUCAGCAGCUUCCGGCCUCAGGCGACUUUCGGAAGAGGAGGGAGCCAUGGCAGGUGCUGACCGAGAGGAGGACUCUCUGCCCUCCUGGAGGCCCCAGCCUGAUGGAGAAGCCAGCCGGACAGAAGAGGUGGACGGCACCUGGGACCCUGCAGGGACUGGGCGGGGAGAGCAGGGCCCGACGAGGCCCUCUCGGCGGCCCCCGCAAGGCCCUCCUCUGAGCUCCCCCAGUCAGGACUUCUCCUUCAUUGAGGACACCGAGAUUCUUGACAGUGCCAUGUAUCGGAACCGUGCCAACCUGGGGCGCAAGCGUGGGCACCGGGCCCCGGCCAUCCGGCCCGGUGGCACCCUGGGCCUGUCAGAGGCGGCCAACUCGGACGCACGCCUGUUUCAAGACUCAACGGAGCCACGAGCUGCUCGUGUGCCGUCUUCGGACGAGGAGGUGGUGGAGGAGCCUCAGAACCGCCGGACACGGAUGUCCUUGGGCAGCAAAGGGCUGAAAGUCAACCUCUUUCCUGGCCUGAGCCCGUCAGCUCUGAAGGCCAAGCUGCGCCCCCGGAACCGCUCAGCUGAGGAGGGGGAGCCGACGGAGAGCAAGUCAAGCCAGAAGGAGCCUGCGGUCCAGCGCUCCAAGUCCUGCAAGGUCCCGGGGCUGGGGAAGCCCCUCGCGUUACCUCCCAAGCCAGAGAAAUCCUCAGGGUCAGAAGGAUCGUCGCCCAACUGGCUGCAAGCCCUGAAGCUGAAGAAGAAGAAGGUCUGAGGAGUCACCGCGGUCCUUCCCAGCCGGCAGUCUCAGGCAGUGCCCGUUCCCGUGGGGUCCCCAGCGAGGAGACAGCUGGAGCCUCCCCAUGCCCCAGGCUGCAGCCUCUGUCCCCCUCCACCUCUGAGGAGCGUCUGGGGAGGCACAUUUAUGCACUUUGUGUCACCUUCCCGACUCCCCCGUCACCUCCCCUCCCAGCCCGGGUUCCCUCGUUAGUGGUCGAAGGUUCUGGUCCCUCCCCCCUCGCGCUCUCUUCCCGCCUCCCUCUCUGCUUCUUCCUCCAGCCUCCCCUGGGUUUUCUUUUGAUACCAAUUUAUAGCAUUUUUUAUAAAAGCCUUUGAUUUUUGUAAUAGGUGGAGCCCAGCUCCACCCCGGGUCUCCCUCCGCCCUACCAGGUGCCCCACAGAGACCAAUCACAUUUUGCCACUUAAAAUAAUAAAGUUUUUUGGGAAUUGGU